UUUGCAACAGCCAAAUCGGGCGCAUUUUAUGGACAAGGAAGUGGCAAAAUUUGGAUCGACGAUUUGUCAUGUAAUGGUCAUGAAUCUAUUAUAUUGCAAUGUAAUAGUACAGCAUUAGGCACACAUAACUGUCAACACAGUGAGGAUGCAGGAGUACUUUGUUCACGUGUUGAGGAUGUUAGACUUGCUAAUGGAAGCACAACUGCGAUGGGUCGAGUGGAGAUAAAAAUUAAAGGUGCCUGGGGAACUAUCUGUAAUAACGACUGGGACGACAAUGCAGCAUCUGUAGUGUGCUCAAUGCUUGGAUUCUCAAGAAAAAAUGCAGUGGCCAAGAACGGGUCUAUCUUUGAACCAAGAUAUGGACCUAUAUGGAUGGACAAGGUUAAAUGUACAGGGAAUGAGAUAAAUUUAUUCCAGUGUCCUAAAGCAGAAUUUGGCGAUGACAAUUGUGAUCAUAGCAAAGAUUUGGGAGUUACUUGCUCACUUGAUCUACGGAUUGUCAAUGGGUCCUCGGCUUAUGAAGGGCGAGUUGAGGUCAAAUUCGAUGGUGUGUGGGGAACUGUAUGUGACGAUGAAUGGGACAACAAUGACGCUGCUGUUGUCUGUGGAAUGUUGGGAUUUUCAAGGGAAAAUGCAGUUGCUAAGAGGGGAGCUUUCUUCGGGAAAGGAAAAGGAACUAUCUGGAUGGAUGACGUAGAAUGUACUGAAGAUGACAGAAAUAUAGCGCAUUGUAAAGCACGAGAACUUGGGAAUGAGAAUUGUGGACAUCACGAAGAUGCAGGAGUUAUUUGUGCCCCAGAAAAGAUCAGACUUGUUAAUGGAUCAUCUUCAACUGACGGUCGUGUAGAGAUCAUGUAUAGGGGUGUCUGGGGAUCAGUUUGUAAUGAUGGUUGGGACGAUAGGGACGCUACUGUUGUCUGUUUAAUGCUUGGAUUUUCAAGGCAAGAGAGAGAGAGAGAGAGAGAGAGAGAGAGAGAGAGAGAGAAAGAGAUUUUAGCAAGAACAUAGUCCAUUCAUUUAAGU